AUGGAUCGUUCCCGGAGCCCAGAUAAAAGCACCCAGCCUCCAACACCAACUGACAACAUCAACCUUGGACCUUCUGCUAACCCAAAUGCCAAGCCAACAGACUUUGACUUCCUGAAGGUUAUUGGCAAAGGAAGCUUUGGAAAAGUUCUUCUGGCCAAACGCAAGUGUGAUGGGACUUUUUAUGCAGUGAAAGUUUUGCAUAAGAAAACCAUCCUAAAGAAAAAGGAGCAAACCCACAUCAUGGCAGAACGCAACGUGCUCCUGAAAAACGUCACACAUCCCUUCCUUGUGGGACUCCAUUACUCCUUCCAGACCUCAGAGAAGCUUUACUUUGUGCUUGACUAUGUAAAUGGAGGAGAGCUUUUCUUCCACUUGCAAAGGGAGCGCUGUUUCCGUGAACCCCGGGCCCGAUUCUAUGCUGCAGAAGUUGCUAGUGCAAUUGGAUAUCUGCAUUCCUUAAACAUCAUUUACAGGGACUUAAAACCUGAGAACAUUCUCCUGGAUUGCCAGGGACACAUAGUAUUGACAGACUUCGGGCUCUGCAAAGAAGGAAUGGAGCAAGAGGAGACAACUUCUACUUUUUGUGGCACUCCGGAGUACCUGGCUCCUGAGGUGCUAAAGAAGCAGCCGUAUGACAGGACAGUAGACUGGUGGUGCCUAGGAGCUGUCCUCUAUGAAAUGCUGUUUGGACUGCCUCCUUUUUACAGCCGGGAUGUGUCUCAGAUGUAUGACAACAUUCUGCACAAGCCACUCCAGAUCCAAGGAAGUAAGACUGUGGCAGCUUGUGACAUCCUCCAGGGACUUCUCCACAAGGACCAGAAGAGGAGGCUAGGUGCCAAGUCAGACUUUCUUGAGAUAAAGAAUCAUGUAUUCUUCAGCCCAAUAAACUGGGAUGACUUGUACCACAAGAGGAUAACUCCUCCAUUCAACCCCAAUGUGGCUGGUCCAGCUGAUCUGCGACACUUUGAUCCAGAGUUCACCCAAGAAGCCAUCUCCACCUCCAUCACCCACACGCCUGACCUAGCAGCCAGCAGCUCCAGUGCCGCAGAUGCGUUUUUAGGAUUUUCUUAUGCACCGACUGAAGAGGGCAUCUAGGUUUUAUAAAGGCUUUGAGGAAGUCAGAUUUUUAACCGAGUGGGUUUUAUGUGUGGGGUGUUUUGGUUGUGGGUUGGGUUUUUUUUCUGUUCAUGUGGGUUUUCUUGGUUUUGGUACUGUCCUUUGCUCAUGGUUUAGGGAAAUUGAGACUAACACACUAAAUG